AUGAGACUCAGUGCUGUCAUUUUAGGCCUGAGAGCCUUGUGCUUCGCCAGCCCUGCGCCGUUCGAGGAGCGCCUCGACGUGGUCAACGCCUUAGCCAAUGGUGUCGUGGACGACGUGGAUGAGGUUGUCCGCGGUUUGUUGGGCCAUCUCAGCGAUGCAGUCAACCGAGGGGACAGGGACGAGGCCAUCGGCAUCCUGCAGCAGAUGAGUCCUCCCAGGAAAACUCUGGAGAGCACGGAAGAAGCCAUGGCACGAUUGCAGGCCAUUGCGGCAAUCAGCGGCAAGGAACUGGACAUUGUCAACUAUGCUGGCAAGCUCAUUGCGAAUGGUCUCAUUUCCGGGACGGUGGACGCAGCCAGCAACCCCCCUCCGCCCAAGCAAAUCUACCCAAAAGAGAAUUCCUGCGAUCCUGCGUACUCGAUGGCGGAGGACGACUUGCGAUCUGCCAUCUACAUCCCGCCUGGCUUCACGUACGGCGAGAAACCCCCGGUCAUCCUCUUCCCCGGCACCGGAUCCAAUGGUUACACUACGUUCAAGGGCAACUUCAUCCCGCUGCUCACCGACGUCGACUGGGCUGACCCGGUCUGGGUCAACGUGCCCGGCUUCCUCAACGACGACGCCCAGGGCAACGCCGAACAUGCCGCCUACGCCAUGCACUACAUCGCCGCCAUCACAAAGCGCGACAUUGGUAUCAUUGCCUGGUCGCAGGGCAACAUUGACGUGCAGUGGGCCUUGAAGUACUGGCCCUCCACGCGCGAGGUGACCACGGACCACGUCGCCAUCAACGCCGACUAUAAGGGCACCAUCCUGGCCAAUCUCCUCACCCUCAGCGGCCUCAUCAAUAACCCGAGCGUGCUGCAGCAGAAGGCCGGAAGCGACUUUAUCAACACCCUCCGCGCAGACGGCGGUGAUUCGGGCUACGUGCCCACUACGAGCAUCUACUCGGGGUUCCUCGAUCAGAUUGUGCAGCCCCAGUCCGGGACGAUUGCGUCCGCGUAUAUGCUCGACGAGCGAGGCGUCGGUGUGACCAACGCCGAGGUGCAAAAAGUCUGCAAGGGCGGGUUGGCUGGUACUCUGUACACGCACGAGAGCACGCUCGCCAAUCCACUUGCUUUCGCGCUGGCCAAGGAUGCGCUGACGCAUGCUGGUCCCGGCAACUUGUCGCGACUGGAUCUGGGAAACGUGUGUGCAUCGUACCUGGCACCUGGGCUGGGCUUGGACGACUUUUUGGUCACGGAGAAUGCUCUCGUUAUUGCUGUGCUGUCCAUCGUGACGUAUUUGCCCAAGGCUGCGGAGGAGCCUGCGCUCAGGGGAUAUACUGUCUCUCCUCCGCAGUGCAAGCGGGAGCAACCGUUCUCGGCUUGA